AUGAAGGGCGUUAACGUGUCUGGGUUGUUGACACUCUCAAUUCCUUUGUUUGCGAUUCUUACUCGUUAUUACUCCUCAAAACACAAGCAGAAGCAACUCUCUGAAGAAGAACAAGAAGAAAAUGAAGUGAAAGCGUCGUCGUCAUGGGCUGAACUUGACCGGAAUCUAUUGGGGGAAAUAGUGAGCAGACUCUGUGUUGCUGAUCAGGCUCGCUUUGGUGCUGUUAACACCCACUGGUUGGCUGCGGCUCGCUCCAUGACUACUAAAUCAUCAUCCUCAUCAUCAUUACCAUGGCAUGGUUGUAAAUAUCCAGGUAGCUCUGAAUUCCGACUCUAUAACCCUUUAUCAUCUCCCAGCCAUCUAGCUUCACAACACCUUAUAGACUGGUCUCAAUUAGGUAUUCCAUCUUCUACUGAUGUAUAUUUGCAUCUUGUCAAGCACAAUUGGGUUUUUCUUUCUGUUACCAAACCAAGAUUGUUUUUCUGGACGCGUACAUACGCCUUUCUGUUCUCUCCCUUUACUAAAAGAAUCAUCACCCUUCCUACUUUUGACUAUCCUAAUGGUUUCCAUUUCGUUUCCACGUUUUCCACCCGACCCGAUUCACCAGAUUGUGUCUUUUGUUGCGUAGACGCUGACCGAGAUGACAAAAUUGCUGUUUUAACAUAUCGCAAUGGUGAUAAACAAUGGACGGCUAGACAAUUUAAUAUGCAUCCUGAUUUUAAGCCUUGGAAUUCCCUUCCUCACAUCCUUGAUGGAAUUCUAUACAUUCUUUCUCCUUAUGGACAAGUAGCCUCCUAUAAUAUCCUUAAUGGAGAAUUCAUCUUUGACCGUUUGCUCCACGACGAGUUUGUUGUUCACAAUUCUGCAAAAAGGAUAGUCCAUUCGUUUGUUUUGAAUGGGGAGUUGCUCAUAAUAGGUUUUAACCCGGAUGUCAGAAAGGAUGCUACUCUUCCAGGCCAACAAUUUGUAAGAAGGUAUCAUCGCUCACUCAAGGUUUGGCUUCCCGUAAGAACCUUAGGGGAUUAUGCUUUAUUUUUCAACCCAAAGUUUAUCGACGUCUCACUAGUUAAUACAAAGGAUAUUAGGACAUGUAACGGACUAUUAUCAAACAAGGUAUACCAUUUUUUCAGUGGCGGCUGCCUUGUUUACUCCUUACAGGACGGUGAAUUAGUUCAGUUUAAGUGUAUAAAUUCAACCUUUUUGGGGGAUGGUGAGAACGAUUUACCUGAGUACAAGUACAAUUAUUCUACUCCAGCUACACAUUUAGCUUAUUGGUUAGAAGCUCCUCCUGUCCACUCCUCCUCAGACAAUUAA